GAAGAAUCUUACGAUAGUCUAGCAUUUGAUUGGACUAAAAUGGCUGCUUCGUCGUUGAAGAGCACUCGAAAAACGUACAGUUUUGAGGAGCGGGAGAUAUUGAUAACGUUGAUAAAUAAAUACGAGGACAUCGAGGAAAAAAAGUCCGAUCCUGUAUCGAUGUGUAAACGAAAAUCGGCUUGGUCUCAGCUUGCCGACGAAUACAACUUAAUGGUAGGUCCUCAAGGUGUACGUUCGGCUGCGCAAUUAAGACGCUGUUGGGAAAAUAUGAAAGUUUGCAAACGUAACCGGGAAGAGAAGAAGUUGCGAAAUAUUUCAAAAAGUUUCUGCCAUCUGUCUAAGGAUCAUUCAUGCUCUAAAUUCUGGGAGAGUAGAUCUCCUUUGUCGGAGCUACCGAUACCAACCGGAACUGUGGGAUUGCCCCCAAAUGUCGUAUUUGAGCCGAAAGAAUCGGAACCAUUCACAUUGCAAAGCGUUUGUACUUUGAAGCCCCCGAAACAAACCGCAAGAGAUGAAAGUAAAGAUUCAGAUUCAGUUUCCAAUAAAAUCAAUUCGAAUCUGUCGUCGCACGGAUUGUUGGCAGAUUAUUUGGAAAAAUCAACGAUGCCCACGGAUUCUCCGAUCGCCAACAGGUUGGACAAGGAGAACACGCCGGAGGGAUGCCGUUUGAUUUUCAAGUCGAACGCUACUCAAACAGCGGCGUCGCCCCCGUUCUCUGUUCACGAUCAACCUCGUAAAGUGAAGCGAUCGCUUCAUAGAGAGGAAGAGUUGCAUGUGUUGGCCCUUUCGGAAGCGCAAAUGAAAGUUGACAUCGCCGCCAUGUUGAAAGAGGAGGCCAGAAUUAAGCUGGAGGAGGCCCAUUAUCGUAAAGAGGAGGCUAGACUCAGGAUGGUCCUUUUCACGUACAAGCUCGAUAGAAUGAAACAAGAUUAACAUAAUAAUUGUUACCCAUUACCCGUGAACAGUCUCCGCUCGGAAAUAAAGGAAAACUGCUUCUCUUCUGUA